AAAACAAAUGCCUGGUAUAAUUUCCAGAAAGAUUUUAACACUAUAUCCGAAUAUUUUGAUACGACUGAUGACGUGGCUGAGAAAAUGCGUGAUCAGCAAUUUAUAAAAAAAGAUUUCUUACUACUAUUCACAAUUUCAUAUGGUCAACGAUCUAUAAUUAUUGAGGGUUUGCAAAACUACUGCAGGGAAGAGCUUGAUAUACAAAAUUGUCAAGGCGCUGCAAAAAAGAGAAGAAAAUUUAACCCCUGGGCAAUAAUAAUCCAAAAAAACACUUUUGAUAAUCUUAAAGAAAUAUGUGUAUGCAUUAAUGAACGCUUGAAAAAACUUGAAGCAAUCACUGAAUGCGUCAAUUAUUGUAAAGAUAUUUUAAUCAAGCGGAUAAAUAUAGAAGUGUCAAAAAAUGAUUUUAAAAUGGAUUUACAUUCCGUCACGCAUUUUAUUAAAACUGUACGUAGUAUUCUUGAAAAACAGAUUUGUAACGAAGUAAAUAUAAAAUAUCCGAUAUUUGCCGAGCAAGAAUUCCACAUUAUUUUUCUCGAGCUAACAACGAUAUACAGAACUUACACCGCCCAAAAAGUUAUCAAUGCUGCGAUCAAUACAUCGGUUUUAGAGUAAAUAAACCUGGUUACGCCGCUGUGUUCAUGUGUAUAAUACCUGGAUACCGAGCAUGCUUUCCAACUGG